AUGGUCGAGACUUGUAAAACAGAGCCGGUGAUAUGUAACCCUAGCACCGGACAAUUCUUAACUUUACCCCACGUGAAGACCAAGAGUGUUAUCGUUGACAGCUUUCUUGGGUUUGAUCCAAUUGAUAAACAAUUCAAGAUAUUGUCCAUGACCUCGAGGACUCAUAGAAAUUGUGAAGAGUAUCAAGUUAUGACUUUAGGGACUAAGAAAAAGAUGUCUUGGAGAAUUAUUGAAUGUUGCAUAUCCCAUUCUAAUGUUCAAAAUGAUGGGAUAUGCGUCAAUGGUGUUAUAUAUUACGUAGCUGGUGUCAGUGGACCUCCAAGGGCUGUUAGCAUAAUUUGCUUUGAUGUUAGGUCUGAGAAGUUCAAAGUUAUUAAUAAAGCUAAGGAGAUGUUACUAUGGAGUCUAUCAACUCUUGUUAACUACAAGGGUACAUUAGGUGCCCUUUUGUCUGAUGGGUAUGCCGAAGUUACCGGAGAAACAAAAUGUUUUGAGUUGUGGGUUUUAGUAGAUGCUGAUAAACAUGAAUGGUCGAAGCAUAUAUCCAUUUCGCUGCCCCCGCUGUGGAAGAAUAUAGUUACUGAGGACAGGUUAUACUUUGUUGGAGUGACUGGUACAGAUGAAAUCGUGUUGUCGCCGCGCUAUCUAUCUGAGCCUUACAGUUUCUAUGUUUACUACUACAACAAUGAGAGCAAUACAAUCAGAAGAAUUGAAAUCCAAGGAAUGGAUGCGUUUAGGCAUUGUAAAAUUCGCCUCUCUCUAAACCAUGUAGAGGACGUGAAACUUUUGCAAUAUAUUUAGGACUUUAUAACUCUAAGACUUUAUACAGGGUCAUAGGACUUUACUUCUCCUUAUGCUAUUAAUGACUAUUCUCUCUUUUUUUGUUUGUGUGAUGGUGGAGACUGUAUCAAUCUCUGUGUUUACAGUUUAGCCUUUUGAAAUCUUUUCUUCAGGAGUAA